AUGAGGGCCACAUUCAUCUUGUCUGCCUUGGCGAGCCUGGCCCUUGUUUCAGCCACCCCUCUUGGUGCCGACGUCCUUACGAAGCGCGAUCCAAGUGACAAGUCUGGCAACACGCAGAUCGCUCUCGAAUGUACAGGCGAGACGCUCCCCGACCCCGGUGGCGAUGGGGGCGCAGGAGAGGGCGGGUUUGGUUACUUCACGUCGAACAUGAAAGCGAGUAUCAAAGGUGGUGACGACAUCGGCCCAACUGCCUGCACCGACAAAGACGGCACCUGCAGCAAUUGCCUCUUUGAGGACUCUGGCCUUAGCUCGUCCAUUAAUGUCACUGGGUGCUGGAACCCCCCCCGCUGGUACCUCUGGCUGCAGCAUCGAGUUCUCGUACAAUGA